AAGAAGCCCGACGUGGCUGGCAACAGAGACCAGGAGAAGUCGACGGAGGCCGCAGGCGAAGCGACCGACGGUCCAAAAGCGCCUUGUCCGGCUGCCUCAUUGGAGGUUCUCGAGGCAACCUCAACGGAGGGCAGCCUUAAGCCGUCGGAAAGGGAAAAGGGACCGCGCGAUGAGGCGAUUGAGAAGUCGCGGCCGACAGUGGCGGCAUCCCUACCUCUCAGCGAGGAAUCAGGUGGUGCCCACGACCAAGGGCAGCAACCUUUGCCCCACACCGAACUCCCGGAGAAGUCGUCAAAACGGAGUCGAAAUCGAAAGAACAAGAAGGCAGAGCAAACUGACAAGACAAUCAGCAAAGCCGCAAUCGUCGAAUCGGAACAGGUGGUUCGACCCACGCAGUCCGGACAGAAUCCACCAAUGGCAAUACUAGGG